GUUAGAGGCGGAGUUGGCAAUGAAUGAAAGGAGGAAGUACAUGUGAAAGGGUGAGAGUGCACUUUGUGAAAGGAAGCGACAAUCCUUGUGAAGGAACACUCAUACAAGGUGUCUGGCGUGUAUUUGAGAGGCAGGAUCUGCGUGUUGCAUCAUGGUGGAUUCCCAGUAUUACCUCCCCAAUGACAUUGGGAUCUCACAGCUGGACUGCGCGGAAGCUUUUCGGCAGCUGACGCCAAAGGAGCAGCUGUACGCGCACUACCUCUCCCGAGCGUCUUGGUAUGGAGGCCUGGUGGUGCUGCUGCAGACCUCGCCAGAGUCUCCCUCGAUCUACGCGCUGCUCCAGAAACUGUUCCGCCGACAGGCACCUGCGCAGCUGGAGGGUGUGGCCACCGCCGCUGGAUUGAGCCCCGAGGAGUACCAGGCCUUCCUGGUUUACACUGCUGGGCUAUAUGCCAACAUGGGAAACUACAAGUCAUUUGGUGAUACAAAGUUUAUUCCCAACCUCCCAAAGGAGAAGCUGAAGGCUCUGGUAUGGCAGAGUCAGGCGUUCCAGGAGAACCGCACGGAGAUGGAGGCGCUGUGGAACAGCUGUGCCAACCUCAUGUACUCCCUGGAGGACAAGCGGAAACAGCUGGGCCUGGGGGACAAGGGAAUCACCACCUACUUCUCAGGGAACUGCUGCUUGGAGGAUGCAGAACUGGCCCAGAAAUUCCUGGACUCUAAGAACCUGAGUGCCUACAACACCCGCCUGUUUAAGGAGGACGGAGCCAAGGGUAAGAGGUGCUACCAGGUGCGUCUGGCUUCUGCCGAAAAGAAAGAUAGCCCGGUGGACUGCGAGGGGGAGACCAGGUGUGGAAAGUACGAGUUUGGAGACGCCGUGUUCAUGGUUCAGCGGGGUGACUAUGCUCCCCUCAUGAAGAAAGUCAGCGAUAAUUUGGACAAAGCCAAAGCCUACGCGGCCAACGAGAGCCAGAAGCGGAUGCUGGAGGAGUACAGUCGCAGCUUCACCUACGGGUCUGUGGACGCGCAUAAGGAGGGCUCCCGGCACUGGAUCAAAGAUAAGGGCCCCAUAGUGGAGAGCUACAUUGGCUUCAUCGAGAGCUACAGAGACCCGUUCGGCUCUCGGGGGGAGUUUGAAGGGUUCGUUGCCGUGGUGAAUAAGGGCAUGAGCGCGCGCUUCGGCAAGCUGGUGAGCUCUGCAGAGGUCCUCCUCCCAGAGCUGCCCUGGCCCCCGGCCUUCGAGAAGGACACCUUCCUGCGGCCAGACUUCACCUCGCUCGAUGUGCUCACCUUCGCCGGGAGCGGCAUCCCCGCCGGGAUCAACAUUCCCAACUAUGAUGAUAUUCGCCAGACAGAGGGUUUCAAGAAUGUGUCCCUGGGGAACGUCCUGGCUGUUGCGUACGCCACACAGAAGGACAAACUCACCUUCCUGGAGGAAAACGACAAGGAUUUGUACAUUAAGUGGAAGGGGCCAUCUUUUGAGGUGCAGGUGGGGCUUCAUGAGCUGCUGGGUCACGGCAGUGGUAAGCUCUUUGUCCAGGAUGAGAAGGGGAACUUCAACUUUGAGCGGGAAAGCGUCCGCAAUCCCGAGACCGGGGAGCUGAUCUCCAGCUGGUACAAAGGCAGCGAGACUUGGGACAGCAAGUUCUCCACCAUCGCCUCGUCCUACGAGGAGUGCCGGGCGGAGUGUGUGGGCCUCUACCUGUCCCUGAACCAGGAAGUGCUCAGUAUCUUUGGACAUGAGGGUGCUGACGCAGAGGAGGUGCUGUACGUGAACUGGCUGACCAUGGUGCGUGCCGGCCUGCUGGGUCUGGAGUUCUACACGCCAGAGAGCAAGAGCUGGAGACAGGCGCACAUGCAGGCCCGUUUCGUGAUCCUGAGGGUGCUGCUGGAAGCGGGCGAGGGCCUGGUCGGCCUGCAGGAGAUGAAGGGGGCGGACGGACAGCCCGACGCCCUCAUCACGCUGGACAGGAGCAAGGUCCACACUGUGGGCAAGGGCGCCAUCCAGAGGUUCCUGUGCAAACUGCAGGUGCACAAAUCUACUGCAGACGUGGACGGAGGCAGAGCUCUGUACGAAGGCUACUCCGAGGUCACCUCCACAGGGUCACAUGACUUCCUACGCCUGCGCGAGACGGUCCUGCUGCGCAAGGAGGCUCGAAAAAUGUUUGUCCAGGCCAGCACCCGUGUAAAAGGUGAAAGCGUGGAGCUGGUGGAGUACGAAGGCAGUGCUGGAGGGCUCAUCAGCUCCUUUGUUGAGAGAUUCCCAGAGGACGCAGAGGAAGUGGAGGCUCAGCUGCUGGAGCUCAGCAAGCACGAUGCCCGCUACUGGUCCUGAGGGCGUACUACACAACAAUGCCACAACAUGAAAAUAACGCACUUACACCUUACCCCACAGGGCAGACACACACACACACACACACACACACACACACACACACACACACACACACAUACUUCUGCUGCCACACCCUACACCUUCCUUCAACCAUCCUCACACUUAAAAAGUAAUUGGUAAUGUGUACCUUCAUACAGUGCCCUGCUCUCAGGUGUACAUGACAGAACAUCAACCAAUCAUCAGCUCUCACUUCAGUUCCAUCGGGAAUGUGGAUUAGUAUUUUCUGGACCUUCAGUCUGUUUGAGUUUGUUUAGAGUUGGGUCUGGUGGCUGGCUGGUCAAUGUGCACCCCUGUUCUAUCAGUUUAAACCAACAUGUCUACAUGUUGCUGCUUCUCCUGCACUUCUGUGAGGAUAGACAGACGUUUUGGGCCAGGGGGUGGAUUGUCUUGAAGACAAAAUAUCCUUACAAGAUCUUAAUGGCCAGAAACUCCAACUUGAACUCAGCACAAGCCUAGUUUGCAUUUGGUCCUUAUAGCAACCUUGUAAAUGUGUAAUAAUGUGUUCUUCUAGGUGUACUUAUGGUUACACAGUAGUUACUGUAUGGGCGAUUCAACAUUUAAUGUAAUUAUUGGUUUUGCAUAUUACAUUUGCUGGCACACACAUAAUUAAUUGCACUUAGAAUUCAUGUCACAAAGCUAAUUCCCUCACUCCUUUUUUAUGGUGUCACUGGACUUUCGUCCAGUAGGCAUAUUUUAAACAUAGUUUGUCAAAAUAGAUUUAAGCCAUGUAAUAAAAAAAACAAAGAAGCUUGUAAUUAUUUGGUGGAAUCUAUUCACAAAUGUAUCUUGCUACACAUCUUCAUAUUCCUUGUGUGGCAACCAAGCAACCAAUCUGAUAUCUUUCCAGUUAAACACCUGUACCCUUACACUGUGGUAUACUUCCCUCUGGAGCUAUUGGAAUGGUUAUUGAAAAUUAUGUUCUCAAAUUCAAUUUACUUGAUUGCAAAACAGAAUUGUGUUUACUGAUGAUUGUGUAUUAUCUAGGUGGGUGAAAUGGGCUGGGUAGACCAGUGGGUUCUGUGUACUGUUAAUGAUCUGGAUCAGCACGGUAUUAAAAAGUUAAUGAUCAAAUGUAUCCCCAUACCAAAACUAGAAUAAAGUUGGGUUGUUUUUCCAAACA